CUUCUCUACUUCGUCCGUUUUUCUCCCAUCACUCUCUCGUACAUUCGCCGUCAUGGGUUCCUUCACCGUCGCUCUCUGCUUCGCCGCUCUUCUCCUCCUCCAUACGGCGGUGGCGGAGGUUAUCGUGGAGGCCGCCGGAGCCAGUAGACGGACUUACAUCGUCCGCAUGAAUCACCACGCGAAGCCCGAGUCUUUCUCCACUCACCAUGACUGGUACUCUUCCCAUCUCCAGUCUCUCUCUUCUUCCUCCGACAGUGGCGAAUAUUCUCUUCUCUACACUUACACCUCUGCCUUCCAUGGCUUCGCCGCCGUUCUCAACCCGGAUGAGGCCGAGGCCCUCCGUCGAUCAGACCCGGUUCUCGAUGUGUUCGAAGAGACUGUGUAUUCGCUUCACACGACUCGGACUCCCGAGUUUCUGGGUCUGAACCCUGAGUUCGGGUCGUGGGUUGGAUACAGUGCCCAUGAUCUCGACCAGGCAUCUAAUGGCGUUGUCAUUGGGGUUCUGGAUACCGGGGUAUGGCCUGAAUCUAGGAGUUUUGACGACACGGGCAUGCCGGAGAUCCCGGAAAAGUGGCGAGGGGAGUGUGAAUCUGGUCCUGAUUUCGAUCCGAAAUUGUGUAACAAGAAAUUAAUCGGAGCUCGGAGCUUCUCCAAAGGGUUUCAAAUGGCUUCCGGAGGCGGAUUCUCCAACAAACGCGAAUCUGUAUCACCACGUGACGUAGAUGGUCAUGGAACCCACACCUCCUCCACCGCUGCCGGAUCCGCAGUGAGGAACGCGAGCUUCUUAGGGUACGCCACCGGGACGGCGCGUGGGAUGGCGACUCGGGCGCGCGUGGCGACGUAUAAGGUGUGCUGGAGCACUGGGUGCUUCGGAUCCGACAUCCUCGCCGGAAUGGACCGCGCAAUCCUCGACGGCGUCGACGUCCUCUCCCUCUCCCUCGGCGGCGGAUCCGCUCCGUACUACAGAGACACCAUCGCCAUUGGAGCUUUUUCCGCCAUGGAAAAGGGUAUCUUUGUCUCUUGCUCCGCCGGGAACAGCGGACCCACCAAGGCCUCCAUCGCUAACGUCGCACCGUGGAUAAUGACCGUCGGUGCCGGAACCCUAGACCGGGAUUUCCCGGCUUACGCGGCCUUGGGUAACGGAGACAGAUUCACCGGCGUCUCCCUCUACAGCGGCGAAGGCAUGGGGACUAAACCCUUGGCUCUGGUCUACAACAAAGGUAACAGCAGCUCUAGCAAUCUGUGUCUCCCUGGAUCGCUUGACCCGGCCAUCGUACGCGGCAAGAUCGUGGUCUGCGACAGGGGAGUGAACGCUCGUGUGGAGAAAGGAGCCGUCGUGAGAGACGCCGGAGGAGCCGGAAUGAUACUGGCGAAUACGGCGGCGAGUGGUGAAGAGCUCGUCGCCGACAGCCAUAUGUUGCCAGCAAUGGCGGUCGGGAGGAAGACCGGAGAUCUGAUAAGGGAGUACGUGAAGUCCGACAAGAAUCCGACGGCGGUUCUGGUUUUCCGUGGGACGGUUCUAGGAGUUCGACCGUCGCCGGUUGUGGCGGCGUUCAGCUCGAGAGGACCAAACACAGUAACGCCACAGAUCUUGAAGCCUGACGUAAUCGGUCCUGGAGUCAACAUCUUGGCUGGCUGGUCGGAGGCCGUUGGUCCCACCGGUCUCGAGAAGGACCCGAGGAGGACUCAAUUCAACAUCAUGUCAGGCACAUCUAUGUCAUGCCCUCACAUCAGUGGCUUAGCCGCUCUUCUGAAAGCUGCGCACCCUGAAUGGAGCCCUAGCGCCAUCAAGUCAGCACUCAUGACCACCGCCUACAAUGUCGACAAUACCAACUUGCCUCUUCGCGAUGCCGCUGAUAACAGCCUCUCGAACCCGUGGACUCACGGUUCGGGUCAUGUGGACCCUCAGAAGGCAAUGUCUCCAGGUCUGGUUUAUGACAUCUCGACCGAGGAAUACAUAAGAUUCUUGUGUUCAUUGGAUUACACCGUCGAUCACAUACAGGCGAUCGUCAAAAGACCAAGCGUCAACUGCUCGAGGAAAUUCUCUGACCCUGGUCAGCUGAACUACCCGAGUUUCUCGGUUUUAUUUGGGGACAAAAGGGUCGCUCGGUACACGAGGGAACUGACCAAUGUUGGUACGCCCGGUUCGAUUUACAAGGUGGCGGUUGAUGGGCCGGCUAGUGUUGCGGUAACGGUUAAACCCACGAGGCUUGUUUUCGGGGCAGUGGGCGAGAAGAAAAGGUAUACGGUCACGUUCUCGGCCAAGAGGGGAAUGAGUUUGGCCACGAGUUCUGAGUUCGGAUCAAUCACUUGGAGCAACUCAGAGCAUUCAGUGAGGAGUCCUGUCGUGUUCUCCUGGACACGGUUGUGAGGAGGAAACACACUUUCCCCAUCGUUUGUGUUUGGUCAGUUUGUUUAUCCCUCUGGGCUUCCGUUCUGUGAUGUUCGGUUAUAUAACUAACCAAUCUGCAGUAUUCAUCUUCGGUAGGAGAGCCCUUGUUAAGAAGUUGUCGGUGUCUAGUUCGGUUCGGUUCGGUUUGAAGGGUUCCAAGAAGUUUGGAGAAGGUACAAGAACAGAACACUUGUUUCUGUCAGAAAGAGAAUCUGAUAUUGGCUUUGGGAUUUUUCCAGAUACUCUAAUGUAAUAGUAGCGAACAAGUAAGUAAGCAAACACUUAAUCCGCAACGUUUAUUGUAAGCUUUCGAACCUUUCUGGGAAGUUUUAAAGCAGUGUCUUCCAUCGCUACUUCAA